CCGGAUUCAAUUUGCUCGCGGGAAAAGUUGUAAACUUUCGAAAUAGAUAUUUAUUCAAAUUAAACGUGUACAUUCACUCUGUACGCAAAAUGGUUCAGCUAUACGUUAAAAUCCCUGGUGAUCCAGAGAACUGUCCAGAAUGGGCCAUAUUAGAACUUCAAGGAGAUCUCCAGUCAAGGAAUGAGACAGGCUUGUCAGGAAAAUACAUAGGAGGGCUUCACUUUUCCAAGAGUGACCAACCAAUCAUGAUUAUUGGACAUCACAUACUUCAUGGAAAAAUCGUAAAACUUGAAAAACCUUUGGCCGUGUUGUCUAAAAAUCAACAAAUGGACACUUCUUCCAAUUCAGAUCUGGAUAAAUCAUUAACAGAUAAUGACUCUGACAUUAAAAUAGACAAUAAAGACAUUCACUACCUCGUGCAGGCCGUUAUAACAAGAAAAUUAGUCUUCAAAACCAGGCCUAAACCAAUAAUUGCAAAUGUCCCCAAGAAAUUAUAAAACAUGCAUGCUGGUAGAACAUUCUAGAAUAAUUUGAAUUAUGUUUAUUUAAUUUAAAUAUAAAAUUAAGAUCAUAUAAAAAG